GUCGCGCUGCCCCGGAGAGCUGCUCAGGCGGGGGUGGGGGAAGCUCCCGCGGCCGGUUGCCUUUCUCCGCCGCCGCUGGUUGGAUCGUUUCAAUAAAAGUCUUUUUUUCUCUCUCACUCUCCUCCGGGGAACAGGCGGAGGCGUCAGUCCGCAGCCGCCGAGUGAGAACGCGACGCACACGCAGGGAGCGAAAGCGGCCGCCCGCAGUCUCCUCCGCUCCCCACGGUCCGGUCCCGGAGCCGGCGAGAAGAAGGAGCCAGCGCGCGCCGGCGCCUGCCUGCCUGCCUCGCUCCCGCCCCGGCUUCUCCGAGGGGAUUAGUGGGCCGUCCGCGCGGCUCGGCGGCCCGGGAGCCAUGUUGACCAGGGGGCUUGGCAACGCGUGAGGCACCCGCGGCCCCUCCCGGAGGCUCCGGACCCGCGGCGAGAGCCGGAAGGCGGCGGCGGAGGCCUGGGCUCGGAGACGCCUCGGCUCUGCCGGCUGCUGGGACCCGGACCUGCAUCCGGCCGCCGCGGGCGUCGGCGGAGCCUCCUUCCCUCCGCCUCGCCUCGCCUCGCCUCGCCCCGGGACGCGGUCCCCGCACUUGCUGGAUUUUCCAAGCCACAUUCAAUUGAUAGGAUGAAAAAAUUUAAGAGAAGGCUUUCCCUCACACUUCGAGGAAGCCAGACUAUUGAUGAAUCAUUGUCUGAAUUGGCUGAACAAAUGACUAUUGAAGAAAACAGCAGCAAGGAUAAUGAGCCUAUUGUGAAGAAUGGCAGGCCUCCUACAUCUCACAGUAUGCAUUCCUUCCUCCACCAGUACACAGGGUCUUUCAAGAAGCCACCACUGCGGAGACCACACAGUGUUAUUGGAGGAAGCCUUGGCUCCUUCAUGGCAAUGCCCAGAAAUGGAAGCAGAUUAGAUAUUGUUCAUGAAAAUCUAAAAAUGGGAUCAGAUGGUGAGAGUGACCAAGCUUCUGGGACAUCAUCUGAUGAAGUCCAGUCACCGACAGGUGUUUGUCUCAGAAAUCGUAUACAUAGACGGAUCUCAAUGGAGGAUUUAAAUAAGCGGUUAUCACUGCCUGCAGAUAUCAGAAUACCUGAUGGUUAUCUCGAAAAGUUGCAGAUAAACAGUCCACCGUUUGAUCAGCCAAUGAGUCGAAGGUCUCGUAGAGCUUCCUUAUCAGAAAUUGGGUUUGGGAAAAUGGAAACCUACAUCAAAUUGGAAAAGCUUGGAGAGGGUACAUAUGCAACAGUAUAUAAAGGAAGAAGUAAAUUGACAGAGAAUUUGGUGGCAUUAAAAGAGAUCCGAUUGGAACAUGAAGAAGGUGCACCCUGCACAGCUAUAAGAGAAGUUUCACUAUUAAAGGAUCUAAAACAUGCAAAUAUAGUAACCUUACAUGACAUUGUUCACACAGAUAAAUCUUUGACUCUGGUCUUUGAGUAUCUGGAUAAAGACCUAAAACAGUACAUGGAUGACUGUGGAAACAUUAUGAGUAUGCAUAAUGUAAAGCUGUUUCUAUACCAAAUUUUACGUGGUUUGGCAUAUUGCCACAGAAGAAAGGUAUUGCAUCGAGACUUGAAACCACAGAACCUCCUCAUUAAUGAAAAAGGAGAAUUAAAGCUAGCAGAUUUCGGACUAGCCAGAGCCAAGUCAGUUCCCACCAAGACCUACUCAAAUGAAGUUGUCACACUGUGGUACCGGCCACCUGAUGUGCUUCUUGGUUCCUCAGAGUACUCAACACAGAUUGACAUGUGGGGUGUUGGUUGCAUUUUCUUUGAAAUGGCUUCUGGAAGACCUCUAUUUCCAGGAUCAACCGUGGAAGAUGAACUGCACUUAAUUUUCCGACUGCUAGGAACUCCCUCUCAGGAAACUUGGCCAGGUGUUUCUUCAAACGAGGAAUUCAAGAACUACAACUUUCCAAAAUAUAAACCACAGCCUCUGGUUAACCAUGCACCCAGGUUAGACUCUGAAGGAAUUGAGUUGAUAACAAAAUUUCUUCAGUAUGAAUCUAAGAAAAGGGUUUCAGCAGAAGAGGCCAUGAAACAUGUGUACUUUCGCAGUUUGGGACCAAGAAUACAUGCUUUACCAGAAAGUGUAUCAAUAUUCAGUUUGAAAGAAAUUCAGUUGCAAAAGGACCCGGGUUUUCGAAAUUCUUCUUAUCCAGAGACAGGACAUGGGAAGAACAGAAGACAGAGCAUGCUCUUUUAAGUCUGAUAACAUGGUUUCAAGCCCAGCCCACAGCCUUUCUUAUCAAUCAAGGACUCAGAUCUGAAGGCAAUUAUUUCUUUUGGUGGACUUGGAAUCUUUGUUUGUCUACACUGUCCUCUUCACAGUGGAGUCUUUUUAUUUCAGACCUACAGAUUGUUUUUAUAUUUGUUGUCACAGUGUGACAAUUUUUUUUGUACAGUCAGUUUUAAGGUCUUCUCUGCCAUUAGAGCCAGUAGGUUACAGCUGUUGAUGUAACUGUAGCUGCAAUUUUUGUGCAGGACUGAGAAACACAGUGCAUUAUUUAUUGCGGAAUCAUUGCUGCUAAAUAACUACUGUUUGUUUAUUUAACACAACAAUUGAAUGCCUGAAGAAGUUGCAGUGGCUUUAUUAUAUGUGAAUGCAUCUGUUUCUCCUCAUGAAUUGUUUUACUGCUGCAUUUUUUGUUUGUUUGUUUUUAAAAUUAAACUGCAGUGUUUCCUAGAAUGUAAAUUUAGCUUUGCUUAACAGUAAAAUAAGUGAGCGAGCCAUCUUGAACACUCUAAGUUUAUGCUAUAUAAUUUCUUACUGAACAUUGGCAAAUAAAAUAGCUAAGAGAUUGAUAAGCACAUUUUUUUUAGGAAAGCAUGUGACGCAGAAGUUGAUUCAAGCAAGUGAACACUUGACAUUUUGGGAAUCUCACAUUAGACACCAGUAAAUUAAAGCAUCAAAAUUAUUUAUUUUUACUUAUUCCUCAUUUUAGAAAUGCCUACUGUGUAUUACUGGAUAUUUUUAUACUAAUACACUUACCUAUUUUACAUUGUGCUUUAAUUUAGUUAAAAUUUAACCAUAUGAGUCCAUUCAGACAUGAAACGUCUUGCAUUCAUUUGUUUAAAAUACUUUAUUAGAAAGGAUGAUACUUCAUUGGGGAACAGUUUAUUUCAUUUGGGGGCUGUGUGCAUUUCAAUAACAUUCACUUGGAAUCAGCUGAAAGCUAUAAUAUGUCUUUUCAGUGAGCCAUGACAAAUUACAAAUAAGAGAAAUGAGAACUUAUAGGAUUGCUUUAAAGCAUUGUAGGUAUUACCUGUUUACCAGAGAUACUAAAUAUUCCAGUUUUAAUUAUGCAUCUCUGAACAUCAUAAACACACUUUGAUAUUGGUGUUUUUAAGCAUUUGUGUUCACUUUUAAGGACUAUUUGUUUAGUGCAUCUUACAAACUUAUAAAUCUUAAUUGGUAUAUUUUGAAAUCGUCAUGUAAAUUUUUGCCUAAUAUAUCAUGAAAAUAGUCAUAACUUAAUUUUUUUUCCUGAAAUUCACUGUAAAACAUUCAGGGGUCCUACCAUUUCUGUUCAGGAAAUCUUGUAGUUUAUUGUUGUUAUUUAACAGUAUUAAGUGAAUUUUUGUAUAUUUCAUUUUAACUUUAUUUGUGAAUAGUGAUUGUGGCAUGUUUGGGGGUGUUAUUUUAAUAUUUCAUGAUAAUGAAAUUUUAAUUUUUUAAAAAAAAAUUUUCUGGAAGAAACGGAUUCAUGUGUAAUGGUGAAUAUUGGACCACUACUGCUUUUCACAUUUGUAAAUUGGUUUUAUGUUAAACCCUGUAGCCUAACAAAACUGCUGUUAUUUCUAACUGACAGACAUGUAUUAAUAUUGUACUCUGAAGGUUAUAAAUAUUAUGUGGAAAUUCUUCCAUUUUGUUUUGAAAUUUAUAAUAACAAAAUCUCCAUGUUGUUAAAA